AUGCAUCUGGUCACGGGACUACUGCUAGGACUUCUACUAAAAGAUCAUAUGAUGAAAUCAGUAGAAGCCCAGAAAUUUGAAUUCCCCAAAAUCGUAAGGGCUUUGGAAGGUUCCUGUGCUGUCAUCUCAUGCAAGUUCACCUAUACUGGGCCAAAGCCAAUCAUCAAAGGGCUCCAGUAUAAAAAUAGGAACCAGAAAGAAAUCUAUAACAUCAAGAAUUCGAGUUCAUUUUUGGGACGUGUGUCUUUAGUGGGUGAUCUGGCCAAGGGUGACUGUACUGUGAAGAUUGAUAAGUUGAACAUUGCAGAUGUUGGAGACUACUUUGCCCAUAUUGACUCUGAUCCACCAACAUCAGAAGUAGAAAAGGGGAAUUCUGUUUAUCUUUACAUUUCGGAUCCUCCAAAAAUGGUGUCUGUCCGAAGCACCCAUGAGACUGGUCAUGUGAGGAAAGGAGAAAACGUUGCACUGACUUGUCAGGGUUACGGAAACCCAAAUAUUACCAAAUAUACUUGGUACAAGAACAAUCAGACAUCCCACACCGAUCAUGCAUUUAUAACCCUUUACAUCAAUAGGAUGACAGAAGACAAAUCAGGACAGUAUUAUUGUGUGGCUGGUAACAAGGUCGGGGAGACAAAAUCUAAACCAAUCACACUGCUUUGUAUUGACUGUAAGUCUUCACGAAGGUCACACAUGGGAGGAGUGGUGACAGCUGUUGUGUUAUUGAUAGUAGUCACUCUGAUAUUGGCAGUAGUCACUCUGAUAUGGUAUAGAAAGAAAAGAGCUUCAAGGCCACCAAGACCGGCAGCUGAAGAAGCCUCUGCAAAUACCCAUAUCUACAUGAAUAUUCAGGUCCCCAAUCACCCAAAACCUUCUCCAGAAAGUCCUUAUGCAGCAUUGCAGACACACAACAGAUGCCCGAACUAUGAACAAAUACAGCUGCAAGACAACAAAGCAAUGAACAAGCCAACGCUUCAAGCAACGCCAUCCUACUCGGAGUAUGAAGAGGUCAUUCCAUUCAGAAGUCUACAAAAUAAAAAGUGGAAAUAUUAA